AUGAUCAUUCAUGGAAGAUAUUUACCUCAACAAGCAAGUUUUUUGUUGUUUUAUUGGAUGGAGUUUAUUGAAGGAGAAUUAGAAAAGAGAGACAGAGAAAUUGAGAAGAGAGAGGAGAGUGAAUGGAUCCCUCUCGUCGCUUCGCGACUCACUUUGAUUCACCGUCUCAAGAAGGCACUGGUUUGGUACACACAUGGUGAAACAGAUAAGAUUGAGAAUUACAUUAAUAGGAAAAAUAAUUCACAAACACUGCCAGUGUUAAGGGGAUCGUACAUGCCAGAUCGUUUCAAACCGUUGAUUACUCUUCCAAAAAUCAAUAUUCAAGUGGUGAAUAAGAUUUUGAAAGAUGCUGAUUUGCAACCCAUUAAUAUUGAGAAUAUGAAUACCCUUUCAGAGUAUUACAACUUAUUGGAUACAUUGGAGAAAUUGUGUGGAGUUGGAGAACAUUGUGUUCUCAAGUACAGUCUUAGAAAACGAAAGAAUUCUCCACCUACUAAAACAGCAGUGUAUUGCAAUCUGUUGAGUCAUGAUGAGAGAAAACAAAAGUUGCACAAGAGUUUGUGGCACUUUCGCAAAUACAACAAAUGUUUGGCAAUUGUUGGCAAGUUGAGAGGAAGAUUGGAAACAGUUUUUGAUCCUUUCGUCACUGGUCAAUCUGCUCGAGUAGACAAGAGUGGAAUGAUUACCCUGAAUUUGAAGACUCAUCAUUAUUAUUUCAACGAAAAUAGUGUCGAGUCGAUCAUUAAGGAUAUUGAUAUUCCAUCCAUUAUAUUUUCUUGUGUUGCAGUGAGCGUCUUUUCAUUAAGAAAGCAAUUUACAUUAAGGAGUCAAAUGCAAGGCUCAUUAGACCCAUUCUUGUCCUAUAUUCUAAACAUUUGUAGAAACAGGGCAGGAGAAACUAAAUGGGAUCUCAUUGCAUCGAUUCAUCCUUUGGAAGAUGUCAUAAACAACUUGAGCGAGAAGGAAGCUCAACACAUGUUAACACAAAUAAUGUCCUAUCAAAUUCCAAUUGCAAAGUUCAUGCAGGCUCAAUGGGAGAAGGGUGUCAAUGAUUGUGUUAAAUCAAACAUGAAAGUUCCAAGAGCUGGAACAACAAGUGUCAAUUCCACAGGUUGGAAUGUUGUUGUGAGUGCUUAUUGCAAUAGUUUAAGAUUCAUCAGAACUCUGUGUCAUUCUUUAGAUAUCAAACCUCCUCUUCUCAUCAAAUCUAUGAGAUUGACUGCAGCGGAUCAAAUGUAUUGGGCAAAACUAUAUGGAAUGCCUCUAUGCUCGGAUCUUCUAGUAUUUGAAGAGUUAGCAAGGAGUGGAAUUACUCCAUGGGGUAUCAUUUUAAAUCAGAUUGCAAAUAUUUCUCCAGACAAAAUAAUCAAAAUUUGCGCAAAUCAUAAGGUGGAUCCAUCAGGCUGGUUAGGAAUCCGUGAAUCAAAAUAUAGAUAUACAGACAAGUCUUCCAACGAAUAUCAUGAUCAAAUCUGUGGAGUAUGCGUGCCGAACGAUCAAUUUGUUCAAAAUGUUCUCAAAACUUUAGGGGCAUUUGGAUAUAAAUCAAAAAAGUAA